GGCGUCACAGCGCUACCGCUUCCAAUACAAUCGCAUGUUCCUUUAGCCAGUUUAGCGCCGCAAGGUAUUGGUCAGCCGUCGGCGAUACCACCACCGCCGCUGCCACGUGUACCGCCAACGUUACCGCUUUCACCAACAGUUGGUCUCCCAGCCGCUCCUCCGCCUGCCGCCUUACCGUCGGGUAUUGCGAACGCUUCAAGUUUGAGCGGUAUCUUCGCAAAUGCUCAUCCGGCUUCGCAUUCAACGCUCAACGCGCUGAUGUCGCAGCAUCGACUGUUGGAACUCUCUCGGUUCGGUUUGCGUGGCUAUGAUUUGGCUCAACACAUGCUGACGCAACAAGGCGCUGUCUCUAAGUUACUGGGUACGCUGAGGCCACCUGGCUUAAUCGGCGGAUCAAAGCCGAAAGUUGCGACGCCCGCUGUCGUCUCGAAAAUCGAGCAAUACAAAUGCGAUAAUCCAACCAUAUUUGCGUGGGAAAUACGCGAACGACUGAUAUCGGAAGGCGUUUGCACGAACGCAACAGCGCCCUCUGUAUCCUCCAUCAAUCGGAUAUUACGCAAUCGUGCUGCCGAGCGUGCAGCAGCUGAAUUUGCACGUGCUACCAGUUAUGUUUACAUGCAUCCUACACAUCCCGGCUUUCCCGCAUGGGCAGGACCACCACCACCACCACCGCCUCACCACCUAUGGUCGCCUGGUGCACCAGCGGGUGUAGGUGCUACUGGUUUUACGCAUAGCUUACCACCCGGCAGUCUAACACCGACGCAUUCCAAUAUUUCCGUACCAGCUGUAUCACCCAGUGCGGGUAGUCAUGAGACGUUGGGCUCACCCGAUGCGAGUCGGAUGAUAGAUAUUGAAGGUGAAGAUUCUGAUACCGAUGACAGUGAUACGCCAAAAUUUCGUCGAAAUCGUACCACAUUCAGCUCUGAUCAAUUGGAUGAGCUAGAGAAGGAGUUUGAGAAGUCACAUUAUCCUUGUGUCAGCACGAGAGAGAAACUGGCAGCGCGAACGGCUUUGAGUGAAGCUCGUGUGCAGGUUUGGUUUUCCAACAGACGAGCGAAAUGGCGCCGACAUCAGCGUGUCAGUCAACUGAGGCAGCGGCGAUCCAGCUCACCACACGGCAAUGCCACAAUGAUGCAGCGAGCACAUUCACCAACCAAAUACAACAACAACAAAGCGCCUACAACAAACGCUUACUACCAAACCAUGUCAAUGGGCGGGGCAAGUCAUACGUUGAACUAUACACACAAGCUGGUGAACGCUUUCAUCCCUAUAGGAGGUCUGAAAGAACAAUCGGUGACGUCACAGACAACAUCAGCGCCAACAGGAGCAGCAGCAGCAGCAGCAACAACACCAAUAACGUCACACAAUUCCAACACAUCAACGCUACUGCAACAACAACAACAGCAACAAUAUCACCAAGCGCUGCAUCAUCAACAUCACCCCAACCACGACACUGCGAAGAGCAAAAAAACGCCCCUUCUCCCACAUCUGCCACACGCCACCUCAGCGGUGGCCUACCCAUCGCCCACAGCAUCAGUUCCAUUAUUAAUGGGCGGUGAGCAUAGCGCUUUUCGUUCAAUGGUAGUAACGAAUCCGACGCUGUCCGAGGCAAUGCUGGCGCUCAAUUUCACCCGGCAAUAUGUUGCGGCUACACAGCAACAGCAUCAGCAGCAGCAGCAGCAACAACAACAACCAAAGUUACUCACACUUAGUGGUGACUCACCAUUGACGGAUUCGCCGACGCCAUCGCCAACGAACUCGACGCACUCGAAGCACUCGGAUGAGGAGAUAAAUGUGGUGGUACAGGACGGGACGUGUAGUGAGGAGACAGUGUAACGGUGUAACGAAGGAUGGAAGGUGUUGAGGUUAUGUGAGCAUUAGCCAUAAGCUGAAGGCGCUACGCAGGAUUCGUAAGUCUGAUAAAUGGAUAUUUCUCGAAAUGAAGCGUGUAUGUAGACGUGUGUGUACUAAAAGAAAAAAAGCAAUAGUUUCAAGCUUUAAUGCAAUAAUCGUUGUUUCAAUCAUUCUCUGUUUAUUCGUAAGUGAAAAAUGUUAUACUAAAUUAAAUUA